CAAAUGUCAGUGUCAAAUGUGUCAUACUCUGUCGUCAUCGUCAAAAAUCAAUAACUUCUUGUUUUUCUAUUGAUCGAGUCUCUUAUUAGUAUAUAGUGCUCUGUGGAUCGAGACAUCCAGAAUAAUGAAUUAGUAACUAUUGAUUUUGUAUUGACCAUUAUCAAAGUAUAAGUAUUAUUUGGACUCGGGGCUAGAUAUUGUGGAUUGAGAAGCCAGCUAAUUGAAAAGUUUGCAGGAUGGGUGCAGUGUUGGGCCUUUGUUCAGCUGCUCAGUUGGCAUGUUGCUGUGGCAGUGCAGCUUGUUCCCUGUGCUGCUCGGCAUGUCCAUCAUGUGCCAACUCGACAUCCACUCGUCUCAUGUACACACUCAUGUUGCUGCUGGUAAUGGUGGUGGCUUGCGUUACACUAGCUCCUGGGUUACAUGAUGAAAUGCAAAAGGUUCCAUUUUGUAAAAAUUCGACAAAUUAUAUACCCGGCGACUUAAAAGUGAACUGUGACCAGGCUGUUGGUUACUUGGCAGUGUACAGAAUAUGUUUUGCAACAUGUCUCUUUUUUGUUUUGAUGGCUCUUAUAACAAUUGGAGUAAAGUCGUCUAAAGAUCCUCGUGCUGGCAUACAAAACGGCUUCUGGGGCAUCAAGUAUCUGGUUGUUAUUGGAGGCAUAAUUGGGGCUUUCUUUAUACCUGAAGGACAAUUUGCUUCAACCUGGAUGGUGUUUGGCAUGAUCGGCGGUUUUGGCUUCAUUGUUAUACAACUCAUUCUAAUCAUAGAUUUUGCGCAUUCUUGGGCUGAAAGAUGGGUUUCCAAUUAUGAAGAAACGCGUUCGCGGGUCUGGUAUUCGGCACUACUGUUCUCCAUGCUCAUUGGCUUCACUUUCGCAUUCAUUGGAGCCAUCCUGCUUUUCAAGUAUUACGCUGAGCCAGAGGGUUGUGGUCUGUACAAGUUCUUCAUUUCAAUAAACCUGAUCCUCAUCCUGAUCGCGAGCGGUAUAUCAGUCCUGCCGGCGGUGCAAGACCACCAGCCGCGCUCGGGGCUGCUGCAGUCGGGCGUGGUCGCCAUGUACGUCAUGUACCUCACUUGGUCGGCUCUCUCCAAUGGCUCCAGGGAUUGUAACACAGUCGCGACCUAUCAGGACGAAAUUGGAUAUUGGUCAUCCUUCGACAAGCAGUCUAUCAUCGGGCUGGUCAUUUGGGUGUGCAGUGUAUUGUACUCGUCAAUCAGAACUGCGUCCUCCUCGUCUAAAAUCACCAUGUCGGAGCAUUUCCUAGCCAAGGAAGGCGCAGGGCAAGGAGGGCUCAUUGCUAACGAAGAGGGCGCUGACGGUGGCGAGGCGGGCCGCACUGAGGAGACCAAGGUGUUUGACAACGAGAGCGACGGCGUGGCCUACUCCUGGACGUUCUUCCACGUCGUGUUCGCUCUAGCCACCUUGUACAUCAUGAUGACACUAACAAAUUGGUACAACCCGAGUUCACAGCUUUCGAAGGAGAAUGUUGCCUCGAUGUGGAUCAAGAUCACAUCUUCUUGGCUGUGCGUGGGUCUCUACAUCUGGACUCUGGUCGCACCAGCCAUAUUCCCUGACAGAGAAUUCAACUAGUUGAUUUCUUACUGAUUCAUAAAUGGGUGUUUUAUGUAAUACUGAGCUAUAUCGAGUGGAAGCUAUACUAUAUUCAGCCCUGAAAGGUAUAAGCUUGAUUGGCGCAGGUGGAGCAUAGAACAACUAAUAAUUAUAAUCUGAUUUUGAUUAGUAACUUGACUAUAAAAUGUUUGCUGUCAAUUGUCUUUAGAUUCUCGUAGAACAUUUACCUCCAGUUUCUCAAAGGCUUGUCAAAUCAAUAAACAACUAUGUGUCAGUUGCCAUGGUGAUCAAAUAAAACGACUUAUACUUAAUUUCAUAAGUGAAGGCUACCUUUCUCAGGAACAAUCAGAAUCCAGAAUGUUAAUCACCACUCAACAAGGCAGUGUAGUCAGCCGGCAAUCGUAUUCAAAUACCUAUUCAAAUGUUAAGCAAAAAAUAAAUAGCAUGUUAAAUUUUGAUACAUAUUUUGUCGUUUCCAUAUUUCAAUAGUUAUUUUUACACGAUUCUUUCAUUACUACAACCCUAGUAAUCCAAAAUGCCAAAUGUCAAUACAUCGCCUUCUUUCAUCAAAUGAAGUAUAAUCAC